AAACUUUAUUAACCCAAUAAUUUAUUUCAGUAAUAUAAUUAUGAAAUUAAUGCUUAAUAUAACAAAAUUAACAAUAUAUUUUUUCUCCCACAGAUUGAGAUGAUAGGGCAUUCCUUACUUUCCUUUGUUCAUCCAGCUGACAUAGAAACAGUUCAAAAUCAAUUAGAAAAACUUGUGAUGGUAACAAAUGAACAAAAGGGUAAAAUAAAUUCAGAUAGGUGUUCAUUUUACUGUAGGAUUAGAGAAAGAUGUCAACCUCGUUCAGAAGUAGUAACUUACCAAUUAAUUCAUAUUGUUGGCCAUAUGACUUUAACAAUAGAUAAAAGUGAAAAUGAGAAUAAUUCUGUUUUGAAUCAAAUGAACUGUUUAUUCAAAGCAUUUGUUAGAGUAGUUCAUACAAGACCUUGCAAUGAAUUAUUACUCAAUGAUGCUAUUGAAGAUGAAUACGUCACACGUCAUAGCUUAGAUGGAACAAUCAUAUUUGCAGAUCACAGGCUCUCGACAAUUACUGGUCAUCUUCCCCAUGAAGUAUUCGGUAGAUCAGCUUAUCAUUAUAUUAUUGCUGAUGACAUUCCUGUUGCACUUUUUGCUCAUAAACUAAUGUUUGCCAAUAAUGUUGGAAGAGGCUUAAUAGUAUACCGAUUAAGAACUUCUAACCAAGGAAGAGUUUAUUUGAAGAGUUCAGGAUAUCUGCAAUAUGAUAAAUCAUCAUCAAAAAUUGAUCAUUUUGUCUGUGUUAACAAACUUCUCAGUGAUGAAGAAGGUGAAGAAGAAUUAAAGAAAUUUAUUGAACGCUUCACUCCACAUAUUCACAAUACUACAGUGCACUCUAUGUAUGAAUCAAUCUGUUCUGUUCAAACAUCAGGCAUGAUUGAAUCAAAUGGAAAAAGUGAAAAGGAACAGAAUAAUCACAUGGUAACUUUAGAAAAAAUGCCAGUUGUUACAGAAGAUAAAAGACAGGAAAGCCAGUUAAAUUUAACUCAAAAGAAAAGUCUUUCAGUUAAUAAUAAUAGAUCCUAUUGUUAUCUUGGAAUGACUACAAAUGGAAUAAAAUCAGGACAUCUUUCAAGUAUAUGUAAUAAUGAUUGUAAGAAACAGUCUAAUAUAGUUUCAAAUUGUGCAUAUGAUUUAAGUAGUAGAACUAUAAAUGGUUAUAGAAUCACAAACAGAACAGAUAAUACAAAAAGUACUGCUUCUCACAAAACACAGUUCUUUCAUUCAGAAAAGAAAAAUUAUGCACAUUCAGAAUGUAGCAGCAAUGAUGAUAAUGACAGUUCUUUAAGUGAUGAAUAUGAAAAUCAGUGUUCAAAACAACAUACUAAAAUAAAAUCAUCGUUAUCACCUAUUGACUGUUAUCAGUUAUACUCUAUAAAUCAGUUCGAUGUUAGAACUUCACCACAAUCAAAUUCUAGUCCAUCUAUAAAUGGUUUAUCUGAAAAUCAAUAUACUAAUGAUUCUAAUAAUUCUUCUGAAAAUCCUCCACCUUGUAAAGUCUUCAAAACAUUUACAGAAUCCAGCAACAAAGUAAAUUCAGAUUUGAAGGUACCUGUAAAGUCAUGGUUUUCUGAUAAUGAGUCUUCAAUGAUAAAAAACAACAACUGUAGUUAUGAUGGAAGUUUAAUACAAAGUAACAAUCACAUUGUCCAUCAAAAAUUAGAAUCCAAUUGCAGGCCGGAUAGUAAUGCUUCAAAAAGUUUUGCAGACAUUCUUUCCACUGGUAUUUCUACUAACAAUGGAUCUUGUAUAUCAGAACAUUCAGAUGUACAGUACUUUCACUGAAAAAUGACUAUCUUGCAUCAGAACUGUAAUCAUUAUAUGAUAUUUCAAAAGAAGAAUCUACCCAAAAUGUAACAAAUUUAAUUUGCUAUAAGUGAAUGAAACAGUAUCAAUGUAUUAAAUGAGAAGUUAUGAUGUUUCAUUAGAUAUGUAAACAGAAAAAAAAUUUGACAAUUUAUUUCUGCACAUAUAUCAAGAAUAAUAAUCUUCCUUCACAGUGAUGAUUGAUAAUCACUAUAAUCUGAAAUUGGAAACUUGCAAAAUUUUUUGGAAUUAAAAGAUAAGAAUUAGCUGGUCAUUUAGUUGUAUAGUUGGUACCAGCAAUUUUUGUUCUAUAAAUUAAUUUAUAGGCUGGGAUCAAUACAGAUAUAUCUGGUGCUCAUAUUCUCUGAAGCUGGAAUUCCUGUGUCAUUUACAGGAAUUUCUGGUAUUGGAUUGCUUUUAUGUAAUUGUCUUAUACACUAUUACAUACGUAAUGAUUCAUUAUUAUUAUUAUUAGAAAGUCAAUUAGAAAUUGGUAUCAAAAUUGUACCUGAUUAAAAUCCACAAUAUGGAAAUGUUUUAAAUUAGAAAUAAUUAUAACAAUUCAAGCUCACCAGAUAGAUAAAUUUAUGGCCAUGUGCUUAUUUUAUCAUAUAGCAUUUAUCUGUUUGGAAGCAUAUAAUAAAUAUUGUAUAUAAAAAUCCAUGUUUCAUAUUUUAUAUAUAAUGUGUGUCUAAACAUAUCAAAAGUUGAAUAGAUAAACUGCUAUAUUAGGUUAAAGAAUGAACUGGAAUAGUAAGUUGUUUCAUAUUUUGAAAUGACUUUAUUUACUGAAGAAAAAGUUGUAUAUAUAUCCAAAAUCAUAUUUAACUUCACUGUUGUAACACACAUUUUUCUGUAUAUUGCAAAAAAUUUCUCGCCAAAGACAUGAGAACUUGUAAAGAUAUGAGUAAAGUGAGUAUUUUUCCAUCUUUAAAGUAUGACAAAAUAUAGAAAUUAGAAAUAUUAAGGAAAAUAGAUAUAUGAAAAAUAUUUUAAAAAUAAGAUAUUUUUAAUGGAUAUGUGGAGAAAAUAAAUUAUAUAUAUAUAUUAUUCUGAAACUAAACAUGAACAAAUCUAUUCUAGUAUUUGAAAUAAAUUUUGUGUUGACAAUUAAAAUCUGAUCUGUUUGAUAAAAUCAUGGAGGUAGUUUUAAUUGGAAAUUUUCUUUAAGUUUUUUUUAAAUUUGUUUUUAAAGAAAGGAUUUAUUGAAUGUUAUAAAUUUUGAUAAAGUUAAUUUAAAGAUUCAAUUACGUAUAUCCAUUAUGUAUAUUAGAUGAUUAUAUUAGGUACAAAUUUACAAAAAGUUAUUUUUGCCAAAUUUUUUACAAAAUAGAUUGGAAAGUUUUUUUAAAGAAAAA